CAUGCAAAUUGGGUAGCGUCCAUGAAAAGUACAAGGCUCGGUUAGACAUUGACGAGCUGGAUGAACUACGAGCAGUACUCGAGCCUACUAUGUGCGGACGCGUUGGGAGCAUGAUAGAAUGCUUCUUUUGAAAGGAAAUGUUGGCAACUCCAUACCCACGCGCAGUCGCGAAGCUUGACAGAAAAUUAUAAAUAUAUGCGAAUUUUGAGGAAACACGCAAGUGGCGGGUCAAGACCACUGGAUUCCUAUCAGCAGCAGAACGUAGACAAUUACAGUUCCUCUCCACGUUGGGUCUUACAAAAGCAAGAACAAGAGCUAUUCUGCUAUACGCAUCGUAUAGAAUAUGCUUAUAGAGCCAUUGCUACUGAGGAAUUCCAUCCGUUAUCCAUUGGCUUUGUCGCACUUCCAAAGCGCAUACAUAAUUUCAAAAGCCAGCUCGAAGACAUCCUCUACGGUAGACGACCAAGCUUUUACAAAGACCUCACCAUCCAAUCAGUCAAAAAGAACGGUUUUCAUAAUGCGCGGAAUAUUGGCUUCAUGUUGGGUCGCGUCUCAGAGUUACGGCCUGGAUACUACGGAUCUCGUGGAAGUGUUGUCAUUACAGAAACACUUGCUGACAUGUUUAUGGAAAAACUUGACCAAGACCACAACAUCGAAACAUUGCGCCUUACAUAUAUGUCUUAUAUUCAAAUGAUUUUUUGCACCCGAGACAGCCAUUUACUUAUAGCUGAAGAUCUGGAAGAAGGUAAAAGGAGCAAAAAUUUAAGUGAAUGGGAUCUAAUGCAGAUAGAAGGUGUUGAAGAUCUCACGUCUUAUGCACGACUUCGCAUGCGGAAAAGUGCAUAUUUUGGCCCCAUUGUAUUUCCAGAAACGUAUAAAUAGUAUUUGACAGUUUUCACUACCUUUUUCCCGAUAUUUUCUUGUUGUAACAACCCAUUU